CUAGAUAUAUAAUUCCCCAAUCCGACGCCUCGUACCGCAUCUACGUUUAUAAUAUCUUUGCACUGGCUCACAUGUUAUCGUCGCCAUAGUAACCAGUAGACACUAGUAGAUUCAGCUUACUUAGUCAUGGACGAAGUAAGAAUGGACAGCAUGGAAUCUCCAAUAGAAGAAUACGAAUAUUAUUCAAAAAUUAUCGAAAAAAGUCCUACCAUACCAAAUGAGGAAAGUCGCCCAAAAUUCAAUAAACAAUUAUGGAUGAGAGAACAAAAUCAAGAUCAGUUUAAAAUUCUGGACCCGAAUGAUCCAUUAAUGAGAACUUUUCAAGAUGCCCUUCAAGCUCAUCUUACACGAAUCAGUAACACGUUAUCAGAUGAAAUCUUUGAUACUGAAGCAGAAAUCAAAGUUGUGUCCAAGACAUGUGAGGUAGAAGAUAAAAAAUUGUACAAUGCUCAGUCAGAAAUCGCUCGUCAAGAAAAAGCGCUGGAAAAUUGCCAAUCGAUGAUAGAUAAACUAAAAUCAUUAUAUGAAGACAAUGAUCAGCAAGUAAAAGAUCUGAAAGAAUUGCAGAAGAGGCUUUUCAAGCAACUACAAGAUGAAAAAUCUAAGGAGAUCAAACUUAUUCAAAAUUUGUCUAGCAUAGCAAAAUUGGAAAAAACAUUUAUUGAAUGGGAAACGGAAAUAAAUAAAGAUUUAUUAGUUUCCCAAAGAGUGUCGGAAAAAGAUGCAGCAAUUCGAAGAGAAUUGAUCCAACAAAAGCAAAGGAGAGAUUACGUUUUGUUCAAAUUGAUGAAUGAGGUACAUAAAAUAGAGGAAGAAAUUCGAUAUUUAGAUGAGCAGUUGCAGCUUAAAGAUAAAGAAAAGAUAGUUGUUGCUCAAACUAUAGCCGAUGCAAAUGCGGAUUUAGAAGCGCUACAAAGGGACCACAAAAGUUUGCUAAGUACCUGGAAUAGUGUUUUAAAUUGCAUUAGUCAACGAGAUUUUAUUCAUGAUCAACUCAGUUCUGAACGAAGAAAAAUACAGGAGUCUUUUCAAAAUCUACAAACCCAAAUAGAUAAGAUGAAGAAAGACUCGAAUAAUGAAAUGGAGAACAAUGAAAAACUCACCUCCAUUCAUUUAAGAAUAGAGGAGGAUAUGAAAUGUAUAAUGAAAGUGAUUUCCGGAGAAAGGAACAAAAUCGCCAACUUAGAAUUUCAAUUUGCUAAAAUUAAAAGGCUUGUAGAACAAGGUCAUAAAGAAUUGGAGAACUCAGUUUUGUAUUAUCAGCAAUAUGAAAAUGAAGAGAAAAUUGUGGAUAAGGAAUUCGGGAAAUUUGCAAGUCAGAAAAUAAAUUUGGAAGAUGAAGUUUUGUCGAAUUUAGAUGAUAAAGUCACACACGACAAGGUGGUGCGCAAUUUGAAUAAAUUGUUAUGUGAAGCUAAGGACCUAAAUCAAGAGCAAGAAUUGUUGCUGGUUCAAGCUGAAAACGUGUAUGGGAAGAAUGUGUUCGAGAUAGAGAGAGUUAGUUCCUCCCUUGAAAAAAAAAAAUCUGAUUUAGCAGAUAUUAUUAAGAGAAAUAUGGAGAAAGAAAAGGAGAUAGAUCACAUGCAAGCGGAAAUAUCUAGGUGUGAUACUUUAAUUGAAAAAAAGCAAAGACAAGUUAUUUCAUUAAACAUGAAAAUUGAUGAGAUUAUCUCAAUUACUGGAGAAGAAAGUAACCCAUUAGAUUUCAAGAUUGGCGUUUUAGAAAGGAGCAUUGAAGAAAUUGAAAUCAAAAAUCAAAAGUUAAAACAACUCUGGUUAUUCCAAGAAGGAAAUAUAGUUACACUGAGUCAAGAGAUAAAUUCUCAGACACAAGAGCUUAAUCUGAUUAGCAAACAGAAUAAUGUCAUGGAACAGAAAAACUUGAAAAUUGAAUUUGAUAUGGACAAACAGGGCAAAGAAAAAGCGAACAUAGAGAGAACAAUAAAUUUAUUUCAGCAAAGAUUAACACAAAUAAACAGUCGACUUGCCACUCAGAGGGGUUUGAAGGAUGAAUUGGAGAGUAAAAAUUACACGACCAAAAGCGAAUAUAUUAAAUCUCUGCAGGAUGAAGAACUUAAUCUUAUAAAGCUACAGAGUCAAAUUAAAUAUCUUAUAAAUGAAAAAGCAGUUCUUAAAGAUCAAUUGCUCACUCUGCAACGUGAGGGUCUAUCCUGGGAGAGAAAGGUUCAAUUAGCGUUUGAAACUAGUAAAUCCUUCAAAGAAGAGCGAAGUGCUGGUGGUGAUGUAGCAAUAAUGAAAAGUGAAAUACAUAAGAUGGAAAUGCGUUUAUCACAUCUAAAAAAGGUUCAGGAGAAACUGAUACAUGACAUGGAGUUUUGCAUUUCAAGAAGAGACGUUAUUAUGGACGGAGCCUUGGCCAAAGAAAUGAAAAAUCCAAAAGGAGUCCAUAACCAACGAGUUAUAUUGCACAAGCGGUUGGACGAUCGAAAAGUCAAAAUCAAACAAAUUGCAAAAGAAACUAAACAAUAUGAUAAAAAUAUUGUGACAUUGGAAAUAGAAUUAAAAAAAGCACUGGAGAAAUUAAACGAAGGCCAAAGAAUUUUGAGGGAGAAUGAAGAUGCUAUUCCGGAUACUGAGAAGCAAAUUAUGGAAGCUGAACUUUUAAAGUAUCAUAAUCUGGAAACGUUAGUUCGAAAACAGCGCAAAGCAACGAUGCGUCAGGAAGUCAUAAACAGACAAUAUAAAAUGACUUUCAAAUCGGAGGCUGCCUUAAGUGAAGAAAUAUACAAUCAGCGAUUUUUAAACGCCGAAUUAAAAGAAAUUAUGAAUCAAACGAACCAUGACUUUCCCCUUUUAAAGAACAAUAUUCGAAAAAUUCUCUUAACUUUAGAAGCAACAUAACAUGUCAUUAAAAAGCAAUAAAAAGACGCUGAAAAUUUAAAAAACGAUAA